AUGUCGAAGGCAGACGAAUACGGCUACGACUACGAAUUUCUAUUCAAGAUUGUGCUUAUCGGAGACUCCUCUGUAGGUAAAACGAACUUGCUCUCGAGGUUCACCAGAAACGAGUUCAAUCCAGAUUCCAAGGCCACCAUUGGUGUGGAGUUUGCCACCCGCACGCUUGAGAUCGACGGCAAGAAGAUCAAGGCCCAGAUUUGGGACACUGCUGGCCAAGAGCGUUAUCGUGCGAUCACCGCGGCCUACUAUAGAGGUGCAGCAGGCGCAUUGGUGGUGUACGACAUCACGAACUCUGACUCGUACGAAAAUGUAUCCAAAUGGCUAAAAGAGAUGAAGGACAACGCAGACUCGAACAUGGUGAUAGCGCUAGUUGGUAACAAGAGCGAUUUGAGUCACCUGAGAGCCGUCCCCACCGACGAGGCACAAAGCUUUGCUACCGAACACAGCUUGUUGUUUACCGAGACCUCUGCGCUGAACGCAGACAAUGUUGAUUUCACGUUCAUACAAUUGGUGCAGAACAUCUACGAGAUGGUAUCGAAGACCAAGUUCGACAUCAACGACGAAAACGGCGCCAACGGCAAUGAUGUUGCAAAGGGAAAGACUAUCCAAUUAACUCCUGCUCCAAAGGACCAGAAGGUCUCGAAGAACUCGAACUGCUGUUAA